AUGAUUGUUGGCGCAAUCAAUGCGCCAAAAAUUCGCCCUUUCAAAUUUUGGAAUGGAACUAAAAUACCUAUAAACAUCAAGAAACUGUAUCUAUCUAGGUCUAUCAGUUUGUCUAUCUGUAUUAGUCUCUCUGUCUGUUUAUCCAUCUAUCUUUGCCUGUCUAUCUAUCUUGGUCUGUCAGUGUAUCUAUCUAGGUCUAUCAGUUUGUUUAUCUAUAUUAGUCUAUCUGUCUGUUUAUCCAUCUAUCUUUGCCUGGCUAUCUAUCUAGGUCUGUCAGUGUAUCUAUCUAGGUCUAUCAGUUUGUCUAUCUGUAUUAGUCUAUCUCUCAGUUUAUCCAUCUAUCUUUGCCUGGCUAUCUAUCUUGGUCUGUCAGUGUAUCUAUCUAGGUCUAUCAGUUUGUCUAUCUGUAUUAGUCUAUCUGUCUGUUUAUCCAUCUAUCUUUGCCUGUCUAUCUAUCUUGGUCUGUCAGUGUAUCUAUCUAGGUCUAUCAGUUUGUCUAUCUGUAUUAGUCUAUCUGUCUGUUUAUCCAUCUAUCUUUGCCUGUCUAUCUAUCUUGGUCUGUCAGUGUAUCUAUCUAGGUCUAUCAGUUUGUCUAUCUGUAUUAGUCUAUCUGUCAGUUUAUCCAUCUAUCUUUGCCUGUCUAUCUAUCUUGGUCUAUCAGUUUGUCUAUCUGUAUUGAAUCUAUCUGUCUGUUUAUCCAUCUAUCUUUGCCUGUCUAUCUAUCUUGGUCUGUCAGUGUAUCUAUCUAGGUCUAUCAGUUUGUCUAUCUGUAUUAGUCUAUCUGUCAGUUUAUCCAUCUAUCUUUGCCUGUCUAUCUAUCUUGGUCUGUCAGUGUAUCUAUCUAGGUCUAUCAGUUUGUCUAUCUGUAUUGUCUAUCUGUCAGUUUAUCCAUCUAUCUCUUCUGUCUAUCUAUCUUGGUCUGUCAUGUGUAUCUAUCUAGGUCUAUCAGUUUGUCUAUCUAUAUUAAUCUAUCUGUCAGUUUAUCCAUCUAUCUUUGCCUGUCUAUCUAUCUUGGUCUGUCUACCUAUCUUUAUCUAUAUGUGUUUAUCUAUCUAUCCGUCUUUGUCUAUCUAUCUAUCUAUCGAUCUAUCUAUCUAUCUCAGUUUAUUAAUUAUCAAAUGUUUCUUUUCGUUUUCAUCUCUCUUUCCAAGUAUUUACUAUUUUCUCGCUUCCCCCUUCCCUGGUGAAUAUCAUUAUAAAAAAUAUAUAUAUAUCUAUCUAUCUAUCUAUCUAUCUAUCUAUCUAUCUAUCUAUCUUAACAUGUUCAUAUCUAUCGCCACAUGUUCAUGUAUGUCUAUCUCAACAUGUACAUAUCUGUCUAUCUCAACAUGUACAUAUCUAUCUAUCUAUCUAUCUAUCUAUCUAUCUAAAUAUGUCCAUAUCUAUCGUCGCAAGUUCAUGUAUAUCUAUCUCCAUACGUGCAUAUCUAUCUCAACAUGUCAAUAUCUAUCUAUCUAUCUAUCUAUCUAUCUAUCUAUCUAA